UCGUAGAGUUUUCGAAAGUUACGGGGGACGGGAUCAGCUGGCGGAGUUGGGUGCUAGGGCCUAUGGCUAUGGCGAGGAUUAAAAAUGUGUGCUCAUCGAUUUUCUGUGUACCUGUCAUAUUUGGUUCAGCGAGUUUACUCCUCUACUUGAUUUCUCUCGAAGCACCAGACUUGACAGGAGAGCAAAGAGCUUGUCUGAGGUUCCCAAGCAGCAUGGCUGCUCUUGUGAAAGUAGCCGAGAUGCUCCAACAGUACAAGACGUUGCACUUCAACUAUGUGCUGCUCCUCUUUUGCAGUGCCUAUCUGUACAAACAGAGCUUUGCAAUUCCUGGAUCAGUGUUUCUGAACAUUCUGGCAGGUGCAUUGUUUACCCUGUGGGUCGCUUUCCCAUUAGUUUGCCUACUGACAGCAUGUGGCGCUACCUGUUGUUUCCUGAUGUCACAUUUGUUUGGAAGGAAACUUGUACAGCAGCAUCUACCUGAAAAGAUGCACUUGCUGCAGAACAAAAUCGAUGAGAACAGAGAUCGCCUGUUCUUCUUUCUGCUUUUCCUGCGUCUGUUUCCCAUGACGCCGAACUGGUUUCUCAACAUUGCUUCACCACUAGUCAACGUUCCGCUGCAUCAGUUCUUCCUCACUGUAUUAAUAGGACUGAUGCCAUACAAUUACAUAUGUGUGCAGACCGGUGGCAUCCUGUCAAGCAUCAGUUCACUCGAUGAUGUCUUCACAGUGGCGACCUUAUGCAAGCUGCUCUGCGUCGCUAUAGUUGCACUGCUUCCUGGCAUGUUGAUGAAGAGGCGAGUUGUAACAGAGAGAAGCAAUUGAUCCUGUGCUGCAGCCUCAUUUUUUACAUAAUAUCUGUGAGUACUAUAGUGUGUAGGGGGGAUCAAUGAGAUGAGAUUAGAUGCUGCAUUGCAUUAAUGAACUAGACAGAGUGCACUCACGGAGAGUGCAUACCUCCGCCAGCAUGUAACAUGUAUGUGUUACGAGCUGGCUCGCUGCGCUGGCUGGCUGGCUGGCUGACGCGCUAAUAUCGAUCGCGCGAACACACGAACGCACAAGAGCGAUCACAUAACCUCCUCCAACUCCGUUGGGCGGAGGUAACAAGAUGGAUGCAAUUGCCAAUUACUAUAACAUUUUUUUCAUUAAUUAAUGUUAUAAUAACAAAAUUUGAACAACUUGCAAUGUAUAAUUUGUGAUAAUGUGUGCACCAAUUGUAUUAGAGAGGUUACUUUGAAUCCCUCUUUUUUUGUUAAAUAUUCCAUGUACAGAAUACCUUUUAAUACAGCGGUCUUUCAAACUGUUUAUAUAUUUAAUGUUGUUAUUAUACACUUGCAUAUUGUUUAAGUUUUUAUUUGUGUUCAUCAUAGGAAAAAUAUACCUUGUUAAAUUGUAACACUAGUAUACAUUGCUUACACUAAUAGUAACAUUAUUUGUGGUUAUUAUUUUACUG